AUGAUUAAUGCAGAUAUCAACCAUAGUGUGAUUCCAAUCACCUUUAUAGCAUCAACAUUUCAAGAACCACACAGCUCUACUGGAUCUGUGGCUUCAGUGCUCACAGCAACACCCGAGACAAGCACAAGGAUGUUGGACACAAGCACAGCGACACGGACCACUUCAGCUUUACCCUGGAGAAGCAGCAUGCCUUCACACUUGGAUGCUCUAAAAGGCGCAAGAAACUCAAAGAAAGCAGUGAUCAUCAGGGAAGCUGCCAGCUCUGCUCCUCACACAUCUGAAUCAGUUUUAUCUAAAACCAUACUGUCCACCUUGAUCCCCGAAACCACAGAGAAGAGCACUGUUUCUGCUUCAAUGAAUACAUCAAACUCUGCAGGAACUGACACACACAAUGAGGCUGAAUUAAGCAGUACCUUUCCGUCAGACACACCCAUAACUGUUGCUGUGGUAGAAACUAACAUGCCUAAGAUGAGUUCAACCACAGAGCUUACUGAAGUAUCCUUUACAAAUUCUGUCCUUGUAUCCAGAACAGAACCUACUAACAGCACUUCCUAUUCAAGCCCUCAUCAGCCAGUCAAGCCAGAAGAAACCUCCAGUGAAAUGUCCACUGGGCCCCCAAACUCUAUCACUAGCACAGAGAUUACCACUAGUCAGACAGGACAUUUUGUGGUGACCCCAAACAUGGUCUCCCAAGGCACACUAGAAACUUCCUCAGUGGCGAGAAUGCUUUCUAAUGUCUCUCAGAGUUAUCCAUUGUUAGUGACAUCCACUAUUCUCAGCACAAGUUAUGUUGCCCCAACCAAGAUAAAAUCCUCAUCACUGGAAGGAAUCAUCUCUGAACUUCCCUGGGGAACUACAGUCAGAACAAACUCUUCAUCACCAGUUAAUUCCACAUCACAAAGACAUAGUAACUCUCUGCCUAUUACCCAUAAUAGUAACGAGCAAGGUUGGAACACAGCUUGGAUACAAUCUAGCACACUUGAAAACAUGGAUUUAACCACAAAGUAUGGUCCUAACCAUACUGAAUUGCCCAUAAACAUUUCUCUUCCUAAAUCUUGGACAAGGGACAUGUCUACUGGGAACACAUCCCUUACAAAGCUACAUGAACCAACAUCAGAAGAAACAUCCAGAGGAAUCACCAUCAGAACCCCUGGUUCAAGCAUCAAUCCAAAAUCACAAGGGUUGACAAACAGUCACACUGGACAUUCUGUGGUGACAUCAAACAGGGUAACUUCUGAAAAGAUAUCAACCUCUGCCUCAAUCAAGGACACUAACUCCAGUGGAAUAUAUACAUUUCCACACUCAGAAGCCAUGGCUCCUACGAAUAAUAUUGCUUCAGAAACAUUAACACCCCUUUCUUGGGAAGUACCAAUGUCUGCAGAUUCCAUAACAAUGCCACAUGAGUCGCAUUCACCUUCUGCUAUUUCUUCCAUGAUAGACAGACACAACAGGUUAUCUACUAAUUCUCUGGAUUCUAUCAUCACAAUUUCUAAGGCCCUAAUCCCAACAGACUUGUCCACAAGCUCAGGACCUGUGGUUGACUCAAUUCUAAGCUUAAGUAGUAGUCCUCAGACAAGUCUCAACAUUGCACAAACAUCCAGUAUCUCACAGGUAACCACGGUUUCCUCCAUCACAAAAGGAAACCAUGUGGAAGAUGGGAGUUCAACACCCCAACUCAAACACACUAUUACAACUCCACCAGUCUCCUCUGAAAAUGAAUAUUUCACAAUAGUUUCAACCAACUCAGGAGGCACCACACUUUCAUCUUCACAAUCAAUCUCAUUUGCAACUGCAGAGAUUGGAAAACAGACAGCUUCCACCUUGAACACAGCAUGGAAAAAUAACAGUAAAUCUGAAGUAGCACAUGCAACAAAAGGAAUGAAUACUAGACAGACUGAUGUGUCCACCAUCCCUUCUCUUCAAGUGUCUCAGAAAGCAGCCAUGUUUGAGCACAGCACAUCCUUCUCAAUGCCACAUCAGUCAACACCAGAAGACACUUCCACUGGAAUCUCCACCAAGCUCCCUAGAUCUACAACCACUCCAGAAUCAGAAGAAAUAGCAGCCAGCCACAGGGGACAUUCUGUGGUGACAUCAAACAUGGUGACUUCCCAAGACACAUCAACCACUGCUUCAAACACAGAGACCCAGCACAGUGGGACACAAACAUCUCUACUUUCAGAAUCUGUGGGUCAUUCUAUCAGUUCACCAUCCCCAUCUUGGACUCAUUCAACUUCGGAAGGGUCCAUGUCUGCAAGUUCAACAAGACCUACACCUGAUACACCCUCACAUUCUCCAGUUCCUGCCAAUGCAGAGAGAUACAGCACCAGCUCUCCCAUUUCUGUCACCUCUAUCUUCACAGUUGCUAAGGACCCAAUCCCUUCCAGACUAUUUACAACCUCAGGAUCAGUGACUCAUUCGAUACCAAGCUCCACCAGUGCUCGACUGUCCACAAUCUCACAGAAAACCUCUGUUUCCUCACUCACACCAGAGAAUGGCAUGGAAGAUGGGACUUACACAACCCAAGCCAAACGCACAAUCACAUCUACAUCAGCCUCACCAGAAAAGAAAUCUUUCACAACCAUUAUGCCCAUCAUGGAACAUACUAGACCUUCACCUUCACAGCCAGUCUCAUCUGAAAGCACAGAGACUGAGACAGGCACAGCUUCCUCCCUGAGGACAGUAUGGACAGAUUUCAGUACAUCUGAAGACAUAAAUUCAACCACAGAAUACAGUCCUAGCCAGAGUGGACUACCCACUAGCCCUUCCCUUUUUGAGUCUAGGACAGGAGCCAUGUCUGAUGACAGCACAUCUCUUCCAACCCCUCAUCAGUCAACAUCAGAAGAUACUUCCACUGUGAUCUCCACCAGUCUCCCUACCUCAGCCAUCAGUACAGAAUCAGAAGAGAUGACAAGCAGACCCAUGGGACACUCUCUAGUUAUGACAGACAUUUUUACUUACCCAGACACAUCCAGCACUACCUCAGUCAAGGACACCCACUCUAGUGGAAUGCAUACAUAUCCACAUUCAGAAUCCACAGUUCCUUUCAACAGUCCUGCUUCAGCAUCAUGGACACUUACUUCUGGGGAAGGUUCUGUGUCUACAGAUUCCACAGCAACAUCAGGAUUACUUUCACUGACCCCUGGUGCUUCCUUGCCAGACAGACACAGUAGUCACUCUCCUGAUUCUGUGGCCUCUGUUUUCACAGUUACCAAGGAUCUAUUCCCAACAGAUUCACAUAUAAGUUCAGAUCCUGUGACUACUUACAUUUCAAGCUGGAGCACCAUUUCUCAGCAAAGCUCAAACACUGCACAUGCUUCCCAAAACUCAAAGAUGAGUAAAUUUUCCUCAGUCACACCAGGGUCCAACAUGAAAGCCAGCAGUUCUGUACCCCAAUUAAAACACACCAUCACACCUACAUCAGUGUCAUCUGAAAAUAAAGCUUUCCCCACUACCCUUCCCAUCACCCAAAUAGCUACUCUUUCACCUACACAGCCAACAUCAUUUGAACAUGAGAAGACUGGGACAGAGACAUUUACCCUUCUGACAACAUUGACACAAGCUAAUAUACCUGAGAAGCUGCACUUGAGCACAGAUUCCAUUAGUAGCCAUUCUGAAGUGCCUUACAGUUCCUCUCUUCCUGCAUCUAGAACAGUAUCCAUGUCUCCUGAUAACACAAUAUUUCCAAUGCUUCAGCAGUUUACUUCAGAAGAUACCAAGUUUACAGCAGAAGAUAUGUCUAGUGGAGUUAUCACCAAGCUUUAUGGCUCCAACAUCACAGAAUCAGAAGAAAUAUCUACCAGCCAGAUUGGGGAUUCUGAAGUGACAUCAAACAUGGUCCUCUCCCUGGAAACAUCACCUGUGUCUUCAGUGUCCCACAAUCUCACUAGUUUCACUCCAGUUCCCCUAGUCACAGAAACAUCCACUUUUCUAAGCCAAAGUUAUGAAGUCCCAUCAACUGCAACUUUUCCAACUCUGAAAGGAAGCCGGCCUGCCAAUUCUCCAGGAUAUCUUGAUGGCUCUAACUUAACUUCCUCUGGUACUUCCACAGUAGAACAUAGCACCCCAUCUCCUAGUUCUGUGGCCUCUGCCUUCACCUCUUCUAGGGAGGUAGUCACAACUGGGUUGGAUAUUCAUGAUUUGUCUACUUCACUUCCAAAUUGGAGCAGUAGUACACAUUCAGGCCAAGAGACUUCACAGGUCACCAAAUUCUCACAGACAAGCUCUGCUUCCUCUCUUAAAGCAGAGACAAUAAUGGAAGCCAGCAAUUCCAUAUCCCAAUCCAAAUUCUCCAUUUCAGAGUCCAUUACAGCUGCCAGAGUCUCCACAAAAAGCCCUUUUUAUUUCUCAGCAUCAGAAGACAUCACCAUUGGAAGCAUUCCCAGCCACAUUACCUACCCUAGCACAAAAGAACACAUAGAGUUAACCUCCAUCUUUGAGGCAGGUAAUUCUGGGUCUUUAUUAUAUGAUACCCUAUCCAGGGACACUGCAACCACUGUUUCUAUGGCAGAGUUUUCUUCACCUGAGCCUCAAACAUCUCCACAUUUAGCAUUGAUAUCUCAAUCCAAGAGUUCUGAGGAACAGUCACAUGUAAGUUCCUUACCCAAGAAAAAACACACUUCUUCAGAUUCAGCAUCAACUGUGAUUGAGAAAACCACACCUUCGCCUGUUAUUUCUACAUCACAAGUACAAAAUGUCUCUUCCCUUGAUUUUGUGACGGCACUUGUAACUUCUAUUCAAGAGACAACCUCAAAAGGAAAAGACAAAAGUGUAGCUUCUGGGAGUACCUCAAUCCAAGGCCUGGAUACCACAGAGAUUUCAACUCUAGGUCCUUCAAAUAACAUAAGGAACUUGAAGACAAGUCACAUUUCCUCUAAAAACCCAACAACUAGAGUAAAAACCAAUAGUCCAGGAGUGCAUUCCCAAGGCACUGUCCUAGUUAAUUCAGUUCCAUCAAGAAUAACAACUGUAAUUAUGACCUCACAAAGCAAUUGGGACACAACACUUUCUACAUUAAUGCCCUUAUCUAAACCUGCUCAUACAGAAACUCAGAAAGAUUUCCCGCUAACUUCAGUAGAACAGGAAAUGACCAUGUCUGAAGAUACUAACUUGAUGACAAAAUCCAAUUCUGAUCUUUUCAUAGUACUCACUAGGACUUCUACAGGGUUUACAAGAGCAGAAGCUAACUCAACUGAGAGACUAUCUAUUGCAAGCUCUGGAUCCUUCACAAAGACAACAGACAUCUCAGUAGGAAGUACUUCCAGUAUCUCUACACUUUCCUUCCCAGAUAUUGGUAUCAGUCAAGUAAUUAAUGCUGCAGAAUCAUCCAAAGUCACCACUCUUUGGAACACAUCAGGUACCAGUACUGAUACUGGGGCCCUCUCUGCAGCAACUCAGACAUUUCUACACCCAGACUCCGUGACUUAUCUCAGCAGUUCUGAGUCACUGUCAUGGACAGGUUCCCCAUCCCAUGAAGCAACUCCCUCUGUGAAUUCUGCAGAAAUACCUGGGACAACAUCAUCUUUUCCUGCUACUUCCACAUCAGAAGGACAAAGUCUCUCCUCUCCUACUUCUAUGCCCCCCACAUUCUCUUUUGGGCAGACAACCACAAAGGAGUUGGACACAAACUUACCUUCUUUUACAACUUUAUUUCCAACCUGGAGAAACAGUGAGUUAGCCACUUCAAAGGACACCAGAACCUCUCAAACAUCUUACUCUUUCACCAGAACUGAAGUAUCCAGUGUGGACAUAACCACUCCUGGACCCCAGUUCCAAAACACUGUAUCAUUUGAUGCUGCUUCACCAGAUGGUUCUACCUCUUCCUUGUUGACAUUACCAACAAAGACAUCACCUUCUUCUGCUUUCUCUCUAUCACCACAUAGUUCAAACCCCACUUCUUUUCCUGAGACUUCAUUCCCCACCUCUGAGUCUUUUAAGACAACAGAUACAUUGAGCAGAAGCUUGGAAACUGGAACAAGUUCACCUCCAAAUUUGAGCAGCACCUCACAUGAAAUAUUGGGCUUAUCUGAAGUUACUACUGAUACAGAAAAGUUUUAUUCUUCCUCAAAAUUCAAAGUAACCAACAUGAAGACCAUCAGUACGGGACAUGAGCUAAGUUCCUCUGUACCAAUACCCCCUGAAUCAUCCAGGGACGCCUAUACAAUGGGUCCUUCUUCCUCCAUAUGGGUGACUUCUAUGUCCACACCAUUGCCUGCCUAUUUAGAGACUACGAGAUCUGAUACUGAGCAAUUUUCCCAUUUGACUUCUGGACUGAGGGACACUAGCAUGUCCCUCCAAACAAAGAUACCUUCAGCUCCUGUGUCCACUCUCAUUUUGCCAAGUUCUGAGAGUGCUGUCAUCACUUCUGCUAUGAACAUAUCAACUCCACAUCAGACUCCAUCUUCACAGUUUACUGAAGCUCCCGUAGAAUCAAUCACUAUCUUAAACACUUCUCCAUCUAUUGUAGAGUUUACUGGGGUAACAUCCUCCCCAGAAUCCAAUUUUACUAUGCCUUCACCAGAAAGUACUCAUGUUCCAAGAACUGAUAUGUUACCUUCAGAUGAGACCACUUUUAUUGAAACAACAACCCUUUCUCCAACAGAAGAGAUGGCUUCAUUUGCCACAACUAGCAUUCCAAAAGGCAGCUCAGCUGUGACUUCUAGCAGUCCUCUUUCUAUUACAAAAUCAAGUCAUGGAGAUGUUUUGGUUUCCACCAUUGUAGAAAAGCUACCUUCUUCAGCUUCUACACCACUGCCCUUUCCUGCUUCCACUGGCACUGACUUUACAAGCAGCCCAGCCCUCCACAGGAUUACUCCUUCAGAAACAGAAGACGGCACACAGUCCCACACAGAGAUACCUGAUGGAGCUGCCCAUGGAGACACUGCUGGCCUGGGAAAGGGCCCUCUGGCUUCUACAUCGCCUACUAGCCCUAAAGAGCUAACCACAAAAGGGACAGUAAAAGUGGAGACCACUGCCACAGCUCUGAAUGCUACUUCCAUUGCCACUUCAACCACCAAAAUCCCUACUACAACUUCAAGACCCUUGACUCACCUCAAGACACCAGAGAAAAUAGGCAACAUAAACACAACAGAGAUGAUUAUCACAGCCUCAGAUGCUUCCCAUGAUGUCCUAGGGAUAGCAGCAUCAUUUCCUACAGGCUCUGGAGAAAACACUAGCAUGGUCCUCAGGACAAGACCAUCAUCUUACAGUAAAGAACCAGAGAGCACAGCCCUAUUGAUCCCCAGUCUUAGGACAGAGACCAGCCCAGAUGUUCAUACUUUGAACAUCUCCUCUGGUGAGUCUGAUACAGUCUCAUGGGUCACCCAUCCUUUAGAGAUUACUUCACCUGUUGCCAAGAUAACCAUGAAUAUUUCUCAAGGUGAAUCCGAUUCCAUAGUGUCCACAGCCACCACUCCCAGAGGAGAAGUCAGUUCAACUUUUCCAGCAUUAACUGUUUUAUCUACUAUACCAGAUUUGGCAACCUAUGAACAGGAAACCAGAUCAUCUGCUCCAACUAUAGAUAUCUCAUCUAGCAUUCCAGAUAUGAUAACCUCAGAAGGCCACACUUCUAAGGAAGGUACAAGAACAUCCAAACCAAUUCUGACGCCUCAAUCUUCUGAGCCACAUACCAAAAUUUCUCUGAUCUCUCAUUCUGGGGGAAAAACUAGUUCACCCAUGUCUACUGUUGCUGUCUCUCCAGGUGUAUCUAGCUCUGAGACAGGAAUCCAUAUCAGAAAUUGGACUAUUUCCCCAGGUCAACCAAAGACCACAACCUCAUGGACCAUGAAUCCUGGAACAGAAGUGAAUUCAAGGAUGCUAAGUACAACAAUCUCACCUAGUGUUCUAGACAUGGUGACCUCAAAAUCUGUGAACCAAACUCCUAAACUACAGACCACAAUUUCAUUGAUAACCAAUGCUGGAAAAGAGCUCAGUUCAGCCAUGUCUACUCUGGCUGUCUCUCCAGGUAUAACAGAAGUAACCACAUCACUGCUCACUAACUUAAGUACAGAAAGCCAUGCAAGAACUUCAACUCUAACUUCUUCCCCAAGACUACAAGAGAAAACAACAUCUUGGAUCAACAACCCUGAAAUAGAAGCAGCCAUUUCAGGGAUUCAAACUACAAACUCAGUAUCUAGUGUUCCAGACAUGAUGACCUCAACUAUCCUGAACCACACUCCUGCUGAACCACAGAAGACAGCAUCAUUGGCCACUCAUGCUGGGAGACAACACAGUUCAGCCAUAAAUACCCUGGCAGUCUCACAGGGUAUAACAGAAGUGAUAUCGUGGGUCAAGAGCUUGGGCACAGAAAGCCACAGAGUGACUUCAAAUACAACUUUAUCCCCCAUACAACCAGAGGUUACAACACCAGGGGUAACCCAUCCUGGAAGAGAAGGUACGUCAGGGGUUCUAUCUACAACCAUCAAACCUAGUGUGCCAGAAAUGAUGACCUCACCAACUCUUAUUCCUCAUGAUCCAUAUACUAGGGUUACAUUGAUUCCUUCUGAAGCACAGACAAUAACAUCAUUGGUCACCCAUCCUGGUGGAUACCUCAGUUCAUCCAUGUCUACUCAGGCUGUCUCUUCAGGGAUAACAGAAAUGAUGACAUCACAGGCCACUACUUCUGGGACAGAGACACAUGGAACCAGCACAGUUCUACUUGCUUCCCCAGGACAAACAGAAACCACAGCCUCAUGGGCAACUCACACUGAAAGAGAAGGCACUUCAGGGGUUCCAAAUAGCACCAUUUCAACUGGUGUUCCAGAUCUUGUAACCUCCACAACUCUUAUUCCUUCUGAACCACAUUCCACAGUUUCAUUUGUCACCCACAUUGGUGAAAAACCCAAUUCAGCCAUGUCUACUAUGGCUGUCUCUUCAGGUGUAACAGAAAUGAAACCAUCACUGGCCACUAGCUCUGGCACAAAAAUCAAUUCAACAGCUACAACUCUGGCAGUGACCACAGAUCAAACAGGGACCACAGGUACAUGGGUCACCCAUUCUGUAAAGGCAGACACUUCAGAUGUUAUAACUACAACCCUCACAUCUAGUGCUCCAGAGAACAUAACCUCAACAAUUCUGACCCACACUCCUUCUGAAACACAGACGACAAUAUCAGUUGUUACCCAUGCUGAGGCACAACCCAGUUUAUCCAUGUCUACUGAGACUGUCUCUUCGGGUGUAACAGAAAUGAUGACAUCACAGGCCACUACUUCUGGGACAGAGGCACAUGGAACCAGUCCAGCUCUACUUGUUUCCCCGGGUCAAACAGAGUCCACAGCCUCAUGGACAACACAUGCAGAAAGACAAGACACUUCAGGUGUUCUACCUAACUCCAUUUCAACUGGUGUUCCAGAUCUUGUUACUUCCACAAUUCCUACUCCUUCUGAACCACAUUCCACAGUUUCAUUUGUCACCCACAUUGGUGAACAGCCCAAUUCAGCCAUGUCUACUCUGGCUGUCUCUUCAGGUGUAACAGAAAUGAUACCAUCACUGGCCACUAGCUCUGGCACAAAAAACUAUUCAACAGCUACAACUCUGGAAGUUUCCACAGAUCAACCAGGGAACACAGCCCCAUGGGUCACCCAUCCUGGAAAAGAAGGCACUUCAGAGGAUCUAUCUACAACUGUCUCACCUAGUGUUCCAGACAUGAUGACCUCAACAACUGUGAUCCACACUCCUUCUGAACCACAAACCAUAACAUCGGUCACCCAUGCUGGAGGACACCCCAGUUUAUCUAUGUCUACUCAGGCUGUCUCUUCAGGUGUAACAGAAGUGCCAUCAUCACCAGUAACUAGCUUGGGCACAGGAAGCUAUGUAAUUACUUCAACUCUGGAUGUUUCCAAAGGUCAGCAUGAGACUACAGCCCCAUUGGUCACCCAUCCUGAAAGCAAAGCCACAUCGGUGGCCCUAUCUUCAACCAUCUCACCUAGUGUACCAGAAAUGAUGACAUCACCUAGUCUUAUUUCUGCUGAACAACACAGCACAGUGUUAUUGGUCACCCAUGUUGAGGGACAGCCCAGUUCAGCCAUGUCUAUAAGCCCUGUCUCUCCAAGUGUAACAGAAAGGAUACCAUUACUUGUCACUACCUCAAACAUGGAAGGUCAUUCAGUGCCUUCAACUCUGUCUGUUUCCCCAGAUCAACCUACAGCCACAGGUUCAUGGGUCACCCAACCUUGGAAUGAAGGCACUUCAGAGAUUCUAAGUACAACUCUCUCAAAUACUGUUCCAGAUAUAAUGACCUCAACAAUUCUGACCCAGACUCCUUCUGAAGCACAGACAAUAACAUCAUUGGUCACCCAUCCUGGUGGACACCUCAGUUCAUCCAUGUCUACUCAGGCUGUCUCUUCAGGGAUAACAGAAAUGAUGACAUCACAGGCCACUACUUCUGAGACAAAGGCACAUGGAACCAGUCCAGCUCUGCUUCUUUCCCAGGGUCAAACAGAGUCCACAGCCUCAUGGACAACACAUGCAGAAAGAGAAGACACUUCAGGUUUUCUACCUAACUCCAUUUCAACUGGUGCUCAAGAUCUUGUUACUUCCACAACUCCUAUUCCUUCUGAACCACAUUCCACAGUUUCGUUUGUCACCCACAUUGGUGAACAGCCCAAUUCAGCCAUGCCUACUAUGGCUGUCUCUCCAGAUAUAACAAAAAUGAUACAAUCACUGGCUACUAGCUCUGGCAUGAAAAACUAUUCAAAUCUGGCAGUUUCCACAGAUCAACCAGGGUCCACAGCCCCAUUGAUCACCCAUCCUGGAAAAGAAGACACUUCAGGAGUUCUAACUUCAACCAUCUCACCCAGUGUUCCAGAUAUGAUGACCUCAACAAUCCUGACCCACACUCCUUCUGAAGCACAGACAAUAACAUCGUUGGUCACCCAUACUAGUGGACAUCCCAAUUCAUCCAUGUCUACUCAUGCUGUCUCUUCAGGUGUAACAGAAAUGCUACAAUCACUAGUCACUAGCUUGGGCACAGAGAGUUAUGUAACUACUUCAACUCUGGAUGUUUCCAUAGGUCAGCCUGAUACCACAGCCCAAUUGGUCACCCAUCCUGAAAGAGAAGCCACGUCACAGGUUCCACCUACUACCAUUUCAACUGGUGUUUCAGAAAUGAUGUCCACAACAACUCUUAUUUCAGCUGAACCACAGAGUGCAGUGUCAUUAGUCACCCAUAUUGAGGGACAGUCCAGUUCAACCUUGUCUACAAGACCUGUCUCUCCAGAUAUUACAGAAAUGAUACCAUCACCAGUCACUAGCUCAAGCACAGAAAGCCAUUCUAUGACUCCAAAUAUGGUUUUUUCCCCAGAUCAACCAGGGUCCACAGCCCCAUGGGUUACCAAUCCUGGAACAGAAGACUUUUCAGGAAAUUUAUCUACAACUUUCUCACCUAGUGUUCCAGACAUGACCACAACAACUUUGAUCCAUACUCCUUCUAAACCACAGACCAUAACAUCAUUGGUCACCCAUGCUGGAGGAUAUCCCAGCUCAUUCCUGUCUACUCAGGCUGUCUCUUCAGGUGUAACAGAAAUGCCACCAUCACUAGUCACUAGCUUGGACACAGGAAGCUAUGUAAUUACUUCAACUCUGGAUGUUUCCAAAGAUCAGCCUGAGACCACAGCCCCAUUGGUCACCCAUCCUGAAAGAGAUACAACAUCAGGGGUUCUACCUACAACAAUUUCAACUAGUGUUCCAGAAAUGAUGUCCACAACUACCCUUAUUCCUUCUGAACCAUAUAACACCAUGUCAUUUGUCACUCACAAUGAGGGACAGCCUAGUUCAAUCUUGUCUACAAGUCCUGUCUCUGUGGGUAUUACAGAUGUGAUACUAUCACUGGGCAUUAGCUUAAGCACAGAGAGCCAGUCCAUGACACCAACUCUGGAUGCAUCUCCACAUAAACUAGGGACCACAGCCCCAUUGGUCAUGCAUCCUGGAGAAGAAGGCUCCUCAGAGGAUCUAUCUAUAAUCAUUUCACCUAGUGUUCCAGACAUGAUGACCUCAAUAACUCUGACCCACACUCCUUCUGGAACACCGACCACAAUAUCAGUGGUUACCCAUGCUGAGGCACAACCCAGUUUAUCCAUGUCGACUGAGGCUGUCUCUUCAGGUGUAACAGAAAUGAUGAUAUCACCAACCACUGCUUCUGGGACAGAGGCACAUGGAACCAGUCCAGCUCUACUUGUUUCCCAGGGUCAAACAGAGUCCACAGCCUCAUGGACAACACAUGCAGAAAGACAAGACACUUCAGGUGUUCUACCUAACUCCAUUUCAACUGGUGUUCCAGAUCUUGUUACUUCCACAAGUCCUGUUCCUUCUGAACCACAUUCCACAGUUUCAUUUGUCACCCACAUUGGUGAACAGCCCAAUUCAGUCAUGCCUACUAUGGCUGUCUCUUCAGGUGUAACAGAAAUGAUACCAUCUCUGGCCACUAGCUCUGGCACAAAAACCAAUUUAACAGCUACAUCUUUGUCAGUGUCCACAGACCAAACAGGGACCAGAGGUACAUGGGUCACCCAUUCUGUAAAGGCAGACACUUCAGAUGUUAUAACUACAACCCUCUCACCUAGUGCUCCAGAGAACAUAACCUCAACAAUUCUGACCCACACUCCUUCUGAAACACAGACGACAAUAUCAGUGGUUACCCAUGCUGAGGCACAACCCAGUUUAUCCAUGUCUACUGAGGUUGUCUCUUCGGGUGUAACAGAAAUGAUGACAUCACAGGCCACUACUUCUGGGACAGAGGCACAUGGAACCAGUCCAGCUCUACUUGUUUCCCCGGGUCAAACAGAGUCCACAGCCUCAUGGACAACACAUGCAGAAAGACAAGACACUUCAGGUGUUCUACCUAACUCCAUUUCAACUGGUGUUCCAGAUCUUGUUACUUCCACAAUUCCUACUCCUUCUGAACCACAUUCCACAGUUUCAUUUGUCACCCACAUUGGUGAACAGCCCAAUUCAGCCAUGUCUACUCUGGCUGUCUCUUCAGGUGUAACAGAAAUGAUACCAUCACUGGCCACUAGCUCUGGCACAAAAAACUAUUCAACAGCUACAACUCUGGAAGUUUCCACAGAUCAACCAGGGAACACAGCCCCAUGGGUCACCCAUCCUGGAAAAGAAGGCACUUCAGAGGAUCUAUCUACAACUGUCUCACCUAGUGUUCCAGACAUGAUGACCUCAACAACUGUGAUCCACACUCCUUCUGAACCACAAACCAUAACAUCGGUCACCCAUGCUGGAGGACACCCCAGUUUAUCUAUGUCUACUCAGGCUGUCUCUUCAGGUGUAACAGAAGUGCCAUCAUCACCAGUAACUAGCUUGGGCACAGGAAGCUAUGUAAUUACUUCAACUCUGGAUGUUUCCAAAGGUCAGCAUGAGACUACAGCCCCAUUGGUCACCCAUCCUGAAAGCAAAGCCACAUCGGUGGCCCUAUCUUCAACCAUCUCACCUAGUGUACCAGAAAUGAUGACAUCACCUAGUCUUAUUUCUGCUGAACAACACAGCACAGUGUUAUUGGUCACCCAUGUUGAGGGACAGCCCAGUUCAGCCAUGUCUAUAAGCCCUGUCUCUCCAAGUGUAACAGAAAGGAUACCAUUACUUGUCACUACCUCAAACAUGGAAGGUCAUUCAGUGCCUUCAACUCUGUCUGUUUCCCCAGAUCAACCUACAGCCACAGGUUCAUGGGUCACCCAACCUUGGAAUGAAGGCACUUCAGAGAUUCUAAGUACAACUCUCUCAAAUACUGUUCCAGAUAUAAUGACCUCAACAAUUCUGACCCAGACUCCUUCUGAAGCACAGACAAUAACAUCAUUGGUCACCCAUCCUGGUGGACACCUCAGUUCAUCCAUGUCUACUCAGGCUGUCUCUUCAGGGAUAACAGAAAUGAUGACAUCACAGGCCACUACUUCUGAGACAAAGGCACAUGGAACCAGUCCAGCUCUGCUUCUUUCCCAGGGUCAAACAGAGUCCACAGCCUCAUGGACAACACAUGCAGAAAGAGAAGACACUUCAGGUUUUCUACCUAACUCCAUUUCAACUGGUGCUCAAGAUCUUGUUACUUCCACAACUCCUAUUCCUUCUGAACCACAUUCCACAGUUUCGUUUGUCACCCACAUUGGUGAACAGCCCAAUUCAGCCAUGCCUACUAUGGCUGUCUCUCCAGAUAUAACAAAAAUGAUACAAUCACUGGCUACUAGCUCUGGCAUGAAAAACUAUUCAAAUCUGGCAGUUUCCACAGAUCAACCAGGGUCCACAGCCCCAUUGAUCACCCAUCCUGGAAAAGAAGACACUUCAGGAGUUCUAACUUCAACCAUCUCACCCAGUGUUCCAGAUAUGAUGACCUCAACAAUCCUGACCCACACUCCUUCUGAAGCACAGACAAUAACAUCGUUGGUCACCCAUACUAGUGGACAUCCCAAUUCAUCCAUGUCUACUCAUGCUGUCUCUUCAGGUGUAACAGAAAUGCUACAAUCACUAGUCACUAGCUUGGGCACAGAGAGUUAUGUAACUACUUCAACUCUGGAUGUUUCCAUAGGUCAGCCUGAUACCACAGCCCAAUUGGUCACCCAUCCUGAAAGAGAAGCCACGUCACAGGUUCCACCUACUACCAUUUCAACUGGUGUUUCAGAAAUGAUGUCCACAACAACUCUUAUUUCAGCUGAACCACAGAGUGCAGUGUCAUUAGUCACCCAUAUUGAGGGACAGUCCAGUUCAACCUUGUCUACAAGACCUGUCUCUCCAGAUAUUACAGAAAUGAUACCAUCACCAGUCACUAGCUCAAGCACAGAAAGCCAUUCUAUGACUCCAAAUAUGGUUUUUUCCCCAGAUCAACCAGGGUCCACAGCCCCAUGGGUUACCAAUCCUGGAACAGAAGACUUUUCAGGAAAUUUAUCUACAACUUUCUCACCUAGUGUUCCAGACAUGACCACAACAACUUUGAUCCAUACUCCUUCUAAACCACAGACCAUAACAUCAUUGGUCACCCAUGCUGGAGGAUAUCCCAGCUCAUUCCUGUCUACUCAGGCUGUCUCUUCAGGUGUAACAGAAAUGCCACCAUCACUAGUCACUAGCUUGGACACAGGAAGCUAUGUAAUUACUUCAACUCUGGAUGUUUCCAAAGAUCAGCCUGAGACCACAGCCCCAUUGGUCACCCAUCCUGAAAGAGAUACAACAUCAGGGGUUCUACCUACAACAAUUUCAACUAGUGUUCCAGAAAUGAUGUCCACAACUACCCUUAUUCCUUCUGAACCAUAUAACACCAUGUCAUUUGUCACUCACAAUGAGGGACAGCCUAGUUCAAUCUUGUCUACAAGUCCUGUCUCUGUGGGUAUUACAGAUGUGAUACUAUCACUGGGCAUUAGCUUAAGCACAGAGAGCCAGUCCAUGACACCAACUCUGGAUGCAUCUCCACAUAAACUAGGGACCACAGCCCCAUUGGUCAUGCAUCCUGGAGAAGAAGGCUCCUCAGAGGAUCUAUCUAUAAUCAUUUCACCUAGUGUUCCAGACAUGAUGACCUCAAUAACUCUGACCCACACUCCUUCUGGAACACCGACCACAAUAUCAGUGGUUACCCAUGCUGAGGCACAACCCAGUUUAUCCAUGUCGACUGAGGCUGUCUCUUCAGGUGUAACAGAAAUGAUGAUAUCACCAACCACUGCUUCUGGGACAGAGGCACAUGGAACCAGUCCAGCUCUACUUGUUUCCCAGGGUCAAACAGAGUCCACAGCCUCAUGGACAACACAUGCAGAAAGACAAGACACUUCAGGUGUUCUACCUAACUCCAUUUCAACUGGUGUUCCAGAUCUUGUUACUUCCACAAGUCCUGUUCCUUCUGAACCACAUUCCACAGUUUCAUUUGUCACCCACAUUGGUGAACAGCCCAAUUCAGUCAUGCCUACUAUGGCUGUCUCUUCAGGUGUAACAGAAAUGAUACCAUCUCUGGCCACUAGCUCUGGCACAAAAACCAAUUUAACAGCUACAUCUUUGUCAGUGUCCACAGACCAAACAGGGACCAGAGGUACAUGGGUCACCCAUUCUGUAAAGGCAGACACUUCAGAUGUUAUAACUACAACCCUCUCACCUAGUGCUCCAGAGAACAUAACCUCAACAAUUCUGACCCACACUCCUUCUGAAACACAGACGACAAUAUCAGUGGUUACCCAUGCUGAGGCACAACCCAGUUUAUCCAUGUCUACUGAGGUUGUCUCUUCGGGUGUAACAGAAAUGAUGACAUCACAGGCCACUACUUCUGGGACAGAGGCACAUGGAACCAGUCCAGCUCUACUUGUUUCCCCGGGUCAAACAGAGUCCACAGCCUCAUGGACAACACAUGCAGAAAGACAAGACACUUCAGGUGUUCUACCUAACUCCAUUUCAACUGGUGUUCCAGAUCUUGUUACUUCCACAAUUCCUACUCCUUCUGAACCACAUUCCACAGUUUCAUUUGUCACCCACAUUGGUGAACAGCCCAAUUCAGCCAUGUCUACUCUGGCUGUCUCUUCAGGUGUAACAGAAAUGAUACCAUCACUGGCCACUAGCUCUGGCACAAAAAACUAUUCAACAGCUACAACUCUGGAAGUUUCCACAGAUCAACCAGGGAACACAGCCCCAUGGGUCACCCAUCCUGGAAAAGAAGGCACUUCAGAGGAUCUAUCUACAACUGUCUCACCUAGUGUUCCAGACAUGAUGACCUCAACAACUGUGAUCCACACUCCUUCUGAACCACAAACCAUAACAUCGGUCACCCAUGCUGGAGGACACCCCAGUUUAUCUAUGUCUACUCAGGCUGUCUCUUCAGGUGUAACAGAAGUGCCAUCAUCACCAGUAACUAGCUUGGGCACAGGAAGCUAUGUAAUUACUUCAACUCUGGAUGUUUCCAAAGGUCAGCAUGAGACUACAGCCCCAUUGGUCACCCAUCCUGAAAGCAAAGCCACAUCGGUGGCCCUAUCUUCAACCAUCUCACCUAGUGUACCAGAAAUGAUGACAUCACCUAGUCUUAUUUCUGCUGAACAACACAGCACAGUGUUAUUGGUCACCCAUGUUGAGGGACAGCCCAGUUCAGCCAUGUCUAUAAGCCCUGUCUCUCCAAGUGUAACAGAAAGGAUACCAUUACUUGUCACUACCUCAAACAUGGAAGGUCAUUCAGUGCCUUCAACUCUGUCUGUUUCCCCAGAUCAACCUACAGCCACAGGUUCAUGGGUCACUCAACCUUGGAAUGAAGGCACUUCAGAGAUUCUAAGUACAACUCUCUCAAAUACUGUUCCAGAUAUAAUGACCUCAACAAUUCUGACCCAGACUCCAUCUGAAGCACAGGCAAUAACAUCAUUGGUCACCCAUCCUGGUGGACACCUCAGUUCAUCCAUGUCUACUCAGGCUGUCUCUUCAGGGAUAACAGAAAUGAUGACAUCACAGGCCACUACUUCUGGGACAGAGGCACAUGGAACCAGUCCAGCUCUGCUUCUUUCCCAGGGUCAAACAGAGUCCACAGCCUCAUGGACAACACAUGCAGAAAGAGAAGACACUUCAGGUUUUCUACCUAACUCCAUUUCAACUGGUGUUCUAGAUCUUGUUACUUCCACAACUCCUGUUCCUUCUGAACCACAUUCCACAGUUUCAUUUGUCACCCACAUUGGUGAACAGCCCAAUUCAGCCAUGCCUACUAUGGCUGUCUCUUCAGGUGUAACAGAAAUGAUACCAUCACUGGCCACUAGCUCUGGCACAAAAACCAAUUUAACAGCUACAUCUUUGUCAGUGUCCACAGACCAAACAUUGACCAGAGGUACAUGGGUCACCCAUUCUGUAAAGGCAGACACUUCAGAUGUUAGUACUACAACCCUCUCACCUAGUGCUCCAGAGAACAUAACCUCAACAAUUCUGACCCACACUCCUUCUGAAACACAGACGACAAUAUCAGUGGUUACCCAUGCUGAGGCACAACCCAGUUUAUCCAUGUCUACUGAGACUGUCUCUUCGGGUGUAUCAGAAAUGAUGACAUCACAGGCCACUACUUCUGGGACAGAGGCACAUGGAACCAGUCCAGCUCUACUUGUUUCCCAGGGUCAAACAGAGUCCACAGCCUCAUGGACAACACAUGCAGAAAGACAAGACACUUCAGGUGUUCUACCUAACUCCAUUUCAACUGGUGUUCCAGAUCUUGUUACUUCCACAAGUCCUACUCCUUCUGAACCACAUUCCACAGUUUCAUUUGUCACCCACAUUGGUGAACAGCCCAAUUCAGCCAUGUCUACUCUGGCUGUCUCUUCAGGUGUAACAGAAAUGAUACCAUCACUGGCCACUAGCUCUGGCACAAAAACCAAUUCAACAUCUACAUCUCUGGCAGUGUCCACAGCUCAAACAGGGACCACAGGUUCAUGGGUCACCCAUUCUGUAAAGGCAGACACUUCAGAUGUUAUAACUACAACCCUCACAUCUAGUGCUCCAGAGAAUAUAACCUCAACAAUUCUGACCCACACUCCUUCUGAAACACAGACCACAAUAUCAGUUGUUACCCAUGCUGAGGCACAACCCAGUUUAUCCAUGUCUACUGAGACUGUCUCUUCAGGUGUAACAGAAAUGAUACCAUCAGUGGUCCCUAGCUCUGACACAAAAAACUAUUUAACAACUACAACUCUUGAAGUUUCCACAGAUCAACUAGGCACCACAGCCCCAUGGGUUACCCAUCCCGGAAAGGAAGAUACUUUACAGAUUCUCUCUACAACUCUCUCACCUAGUGUUCCACACAUGAUGACCUCAACAACUCUGAUCCAUGCUCCUUCUGAACCACAGACCAUAACAUCAUUAGUCACACAUCCUGGUGGACACUUCAGUUCAUCCAUGUCUACUCAGGCUGUCUCUUCAGGUAUAACAGAAAUGCCACCAUCACUAGUCACUAGCUUGGGCACAGAAAGCUAUGCAAUGACUACAACUCUGGCUGUUUCGCCAGGUCAAACUGAGACAGCAAUCCAAUGGGUCACCCAUCCUGGAAGAGAAGGCACUUCAGAGGUUCUGUUUACAACCAUCUCACCUACUGUAUCAGAAAUGAAGACCUCACCAACUCUUAUUCCUUCUGAACUACAUACCACAAUUUCAUUGGUCACCAACACUGGGGAACAGCCCAUUUCAGCCAUGUCUACAAGGUCUGUCUCUUCGGAUAUAACAGAAAGAAUACCAUCACUUGUCACUAGUUCUGGCACAGAAAUCCAUCCAGUGACUUCAACUCUGGCUGUUUCCCCAGGUCAAACAGAGCCCACAGCCCCAUGUGUCACCCAUCCUGAAAAAGAAGACACUUCAGAAGUUCUAACGUCAACCAUCUCACCAAGUGUUCCAGACAUGAUGGCCUCAACAUCUCUGAACCACAUUACUUCUGAACCACAGACCAUAACAUUGGUCACCCAUGCUGGGGGACAGACCAGUUUAUCCAUGUCUACUCAGGCUGUGUCUCCCCAUGUAACAGAAAUGAUACCAUCACUAGUCACUAGCACUGGCAUGCCAGAAAUGACCUCACCAAAUCAUAUUUCUUCUGAAGCACAUGCCACAAUUUCUUUUGUCACCCACGUUGAGGGACAGCCCAGUUCAGCUGUAUCUACAAGGCCUGUCUCUCCCCAUUUAACAGAAACAAUACCAUCACUAGUCACUAGCUCUCACAUAGAAAGGGAUUCAGUGUCUUCCUCUCUGAGUGCUUCUCCAGGUCAACGAGAGACCACAGCCUCGUGGAUCACCCAUUCUGUAACAGAAGCCACUUUGAGUAUUCUAAGGACAUCCAUCUCUCCUAGUGUUCCAGACAUGAUGUCCUCACCAACUCUUUUUCCUUCUGAGCCACAUACCAUGAUAUCCUUGGUCUCCCAUGUUGCAGGACAGCCCAGUUCAGCCAUGUCUACAAGCCCUGUCUCUCCAGCUAUAACAGAAAUGAUGACAUCACCAGUCACUACUUCUGAGACAGAGACACAUACAGCUACUCCAACUCUGACUGUUUCCUCAAGUCAAACAGAGACCACAGCCUCCUGGGUCACCCAUCCUAGAAAAGAAGCAACUUCAACAAUUUCUACUUUGUCUACUUUACCUAAAGAGCCAAAAAGAACUGAAGCAUGGCUCAUUCCUUCUGCCAAGCCCAGCACACCACUCUCCACAACACCUCCCACAUUUUCUUAUAGUGGAUCAGACAUCACUUCCUCAGCUUCUGGGGCAGAGACCACUCCAGCUACAACCUUUUCAUCUGGUGCUUCUGAAGGAACAGCCUCUCUCCCAGUCCUCUCUGGGACCGAGACCAGCACCACCAUUCUAACUGUAACCCCUGCCCCUGCUUUAGCAGGCACCACAGACUUAGGGGCUUCCAUCUCUUCAGCAGAAUCCACUCUGACUAUGUCCCCUAGUGUCCCUGGGUUUCCCAGUGCUCCUACAACCAGUAAAUCUGGCAAUGCAACUUCACAGAGCCUAGAAACCUCAGCAUCUGUCACUACAGUUAGACUUCCCAAUUUUGUCAGUGAUGUAAUGACCUUGACACCAUCAGAGACCUCAGCAAGCCCACUCACUGACCUGGAAACUACAAGUGAGACUUCUCAUUUAGCUAUCACAAGUUCAAGACCCACUGGCUCUAAGACUACAACUACACUACAUGCAAGUCCUUAUGCCCCUCUGACCACAUCUAAAAUGUCCACAUGGUCCUCUGAGAAUGUGACUUCAAGACCAGGUACAACCCCAUCUCUGGAACACUUCACUCUCAACUUCACUAUAACCAACCUGCGCCAUAGAGAGGGCAUGGGAUCCCAAGGAUCUGAAAUAUUCAACAGCACAGAGAGAAUCUUGAAUCGAUUGCUCAAGCCCAUGUUCGAGAAUACCAGUAUCGGGCACCUUUAUUCUGGUUGUAGACUGAUCUUGCUGAGGCCUGAGAAAGAUGGAACAGCCACUGGAGUGGAUGCUGUCUGCACUUACCAUUCUGAUCCCACGGGCCUUACGCUGGACAGAGAGAAGCUGUACUGGGAAUUUAGUCAUAAUACCCAAGGUGUCACCAAGCUAGGAUCCUUUGCUUUAGAAAAGGACAGUCUGUACAUCAAUGAUUUUACCCAUCGAACCUCUGCUUCCACUCCCAACACACCUGUGACCUCUUCUCUGUUUUUCACAGGGACCUCCACUGAACACCCUAACCUCUCUACAGUGGCCAUGCCUGUCACUGCCCAGUUCACCCUCAACUUCACCAUCACUAACCUGGAGUUCAAGGAAUACAUGCUGUACCACGGCUCCAGGAAAUUCAACACUCUGGAGCGAGUCCUCCAGCACCUGCUCAAACCCCUGUUCAAGACCAGCAGUCUGGGAUCCCUCUAUUCAGGCUGUGUACUGGUGGCACUCAGGUCUAGGAAGGACGGAACAGCCACCAGAGUGGAUGCCAUCUGCACAUAUCACCCUGACCCCAAAGGCCACAGAUUGGACAGGGAGCAGCUAUACUGGGAGCUGAGUAGGUUGACUCAUAGUGUCACCAGAUUGGAUCCCUACACCCUGGACAGGGACAGCCUCUAUGUCAAUGGUUUCACCCAUCAGAGCUCUGCACUUAUCACCACCUUGAUCCAUUCCCUGGUGCCUUUUACCCUCAACUUCACCAUCACAAAUCUACAAUACACACCAGUUAUGAAACACCCAGGAUCCUUAAAGUUCAACAAAACCGAGACAGUCCUGCAGCACCUGCUUGCUGCUGUGUUCAAGAAUACCACCAUUGGUCCAUUGUACGCUGGGUGCCAGCUGACCUUGCUCACGCCUGAGAAGGAUGGAUCAGCCACUGGAGUGAACAUGAUCUGUACCCAUCGAUCUGAGCCCACAGGCAUGGGGCUGGACCCAAAGCAGCUGUACUGGGAGCUGAGUCAUGAGACCCAUGGCAUCACCCAGCUGGACUUUUUGACCCUGGACAAGAACAGCCUUUAUGUCAAUGAGGAAGCAGCAGCUCAGUAUGUCUUUCUCCCACCCCCCACUGUAGGGCCGGUCUCUCCUCUGGUGCCUUUCACCAUCAACUUCACCAUCACUAACCUCAAGUAUGAGGAUGGCAUGCGUCACCCUGGGUCCUGGAAGUUCAAUGCCACUGAGAGAAUUCUACAGAGACUGCUCUGGCCUCUGUUCAAUAAGACAAGUAUUAGCCUCCUGUAUUCUGGCUGCAGACUGAUGUCGCUCAGGCCUGAGAGAGACAAAGCAGCUACAGGAGUAGAUGCUAUCUGUACUCACCAUCCAGACCCCACUGGAUCUGAGCUGGACAAUGAGCAGGUGUACUGGGAAUUGAGUGAGCUGACCAAUGAUAUCAGCCAGCUGGGCCCUUACACCUUAGACCACAACAGCCUUUACAUCAAUGGUUAUACAUACCAGAUCCUGUCCACCACAUCCAUGACAGCAAGCCCUGUCCUGGUACAUUUUACUAUCAACUUCACCAUAAUUAAUUUGGCAUUUGAGGAGGACAUGAGUCGCCCUGGAUCCAGAAAGUUCAAUAUCACUGAGAGAACCCUGCAGAGCCUGCUGAGGCCCUUGUUCCAAAAAUCCAGUGUUGGUUCCCUGUAUUCUGGCUGCAUACUGACCUCACUCAGAUCUGAACACGAUGGUGCAGGCACAGGAGUGGAUGCUGUCUGCACUUACCAUCCUGACCCCACUGGCCUGGCACUGAACAGAAAGACGAUGUAUUGGGAGCUCAGCAGGCUGACCUAUGGUGUCAGCAGACUGGGUCCUUACACUCUGGACAAGAGCAGUCUCUAUGUCGAUGGUUACACACAUCAAAUCCUGUCUACCACCACCAGGACUUCUAUGAUGACCACUGCUUCUAUAAAAAUGACUGCCAACUCUCCCAGCCCUACAGCAGGGCAAGGAAAACCCAUCUUGCCUUUUACCAUCAACUUCACUGUCAUUAAUCUGGAGUAUGUGGAGGACAUGGGUCACCCAGGAUCCAGAAAGUUCAAAGCCACCGAGAGAAUCCUGCAGAGACUGCUCAGGGCACUGUUCGGUAAAACCAGUGUUGGCCCACUGUUCUCUGGAUGCAGACUGACAUUGCUCAGGCCUGAGAACAAUGGAACAGCCAUGGGAGUAGAUGCCAUCUGCACCUACCACCCCAACACCUCUAAUCAAUGGCUGGAUAGAGAGCAUCUGUACUGGGAGCUGAAAAGAUUGAAUGAUGGCAUCAUGCAGCUAGGACCCUACACCCUGGACCAGAACAGUCUCUAUGUCAAUGGUUAUACACAGCACAUUCUGGCCACCACCCACAGAACAUCAGUAAUGGCCACUGUUUCUGAAGAAAUGCCAAACAUUUCCUCCACUCCCACAGCAGCAGGCCCUGUCCAGUUGCUUUUCAGAAUCAACUUCACCAUCAUUAACCUGGAGUUUGAGGAGGACAUGAGUCACCCUGGAUCCAGGAAGUUCAAUAUCACUGGGAGAACCCUGCAGAGCCUGCUCAGGCCCUUGUUCAAAAAAAUCAGUGUUGGUCCAUUAUAUUCUGGCUGCAGACUGACCUUGCUCAGAUCUGAGAACAAUGGAGCAGCAACAGGGGUGGAUGCCACCUGUACCUACCACCUAGACUCUGCUGACCACAGGCUGGAAAAUGAGCAGAUAUAUGGGGAGCUGAGCAGUCUGACCAAGGGUGUCACCGAACUGGGCCCAUACAUCCUGGACCAGCACAGUCUCUAUGUCAAUGGUUACACCCACCAGAUCCUGACUACCACACCCGGAACUUCCAGCUCUGCUCUGCUGCUGUAUACUCUUAACUUCACCAUCACCAAUCUACCCUACACGGAGGACAUGUGGGGCCCAGGAUAUGCCAAGUUCAACGAAGUGGAGGAAGUCUUGCAGUUUCUGCUCAGACCUUUGUUCCAAAACACCAGUGUUGGCCUACUGUAUUCUGGUUGCAGACUGACCUCACUCAGGCCAAAGAAGAAUGGAGAGGCUACCAAAGUAGACAUGGUUUGCACUUACCACCAAUAUUCCACAGGCACUGAUCUGGACAGAGAGCAACUAUAUUCAGAACUAGAAGAGCUCACCCACAGCAUCACUCAACUGGGUCACUAUACCCUGGACCAGAAUAGUCUCUAUGUCAAUGGUUACACACACCAGAUUGCAGUAACCAGCACCAGCACUAUACAAUCACCCUUGGUAUUAUUUACCCUCAACUUCACCAUCACCAACCUAUUUUACGAGGAGGACAUGCAGCCCCCAGACUCCAAGAAGUUUAACACCACAGAGAGGAUCCUGCAGAGCCUACUUGAGUCCUUGUUCAGAAACACCAGCAUAGGCCCUUUGUAUGCUGGCUGCAGACUGACUUUGCUCAGUCCCAGGAAGGAUGGAGAAGCCACUGGAGUGGACACAAUUUGCACCUAUCACCCUGACCACAUAGGUCAGGGCCUGGCCAGAGAGCAACUGUACUUGGAGUUGAGCAAGAUGACCUAUGGUGUCACUCAGCUGGGCCCCUACACUCUGGAUCAGGACAGUCUCUAUGUUAAUGGUUACACCCAUCCAGCCUCAGAUACCAUCCCUAACAGCAAUGGUACUGUCAUAGUACCCAUAACUCUCAACUUCACCAUCACCAACUUACACUAUACAGAGGAGAUGGGAAAUCCCGGUUCCUUGAAGUUCAACUCCACUAAGAGGGUCUUACAUUAUUGGCUUGAGACCUUACUCAAUAAGACCAGCAUUGCCCCACACUAUUCUGGAUGCAGAUUGUCUUCACUCAGGUCUGACAACUAUGGAGCCACAGGAGUGGACAUAAUCUGCACCUUCCAUUUCGACACCAUGAGACCUGGGUUAGACCAAGAUCAGCUAUUUUGGGAGUUGAGUCACGAGACCCAUGGCAUCACCCGUCUGGGUCCCUACACCCUGGACCAGAACAGUCUCUACAUCAACGGUUACCAUUUUGGAGCUGCAGCCCCAGCUACCACCACUGGGGAAGUCAGUGAGGAGAUGUUCACAGUGAACUUCACCAUCAACAACCUGCGCUACUCAGCCGACAUGGGCCAGGUUGGCUCCCCCAAGUUCAACAUCACGGAUACACUCAUGCAGCACCUGCUCGGCCCUUUGUUUCAGAGGAGCAGCCUUGGCCCCCUAUACACAGGCUGUAGAGUAGCCACUCUGAGGUCAGUGAAGAAUGGUGCCCAGACCCAGGUAGAUGUCCUUUGCACCUACCACCAGGUUCCCACUGGUCUGGGACUGCCUGCCAAAUCAGUUUUCUAUGACCUAAGCUGGCAGACCCGUGGAAUCACCCGGCUGGGUCCUUAUUCCCUGGAUAAAGACACUCUUUACAUCAACGGUUACAAUGAACCUGGUCCAGACGUACCUCCUACAACUCCAGAACCAGCCACCACCAUCUUGCCCUCCCCAUCAACAUCUCUACAGCCAGAGUCCAAUACAGCUAUGUGGCACCACCUGGAAACCUUCACAAUCAACUUUACCAUCUCCAACCUUCCAUAUUCAGCAGACAUGAUCAGUGGCUCAGCCAUGUUCAACUCCACUGAGAAUGUCCUACAACACCUGCUUGGGCCCUUGUUCCAGAAUAGCUCCUUUAACUCAAGUUGCAGACUGACCUCCCUCAGCCCUAAGAAGAAUGGGACAUUCACAAGUGUGGUUACCACCUGCACCUACCAGCAUGACCCUGCACAUCCUGGAAUGGAUACACAGGGUCUAUACUCAGAACUGAGCCAUCUGAGCCAUGGAGUCACCCAACUGGGAAACUACACACUGGAGAAGCAUAGCCUCUAUGUGAAUGGUUAUAAUGAACUUGGCUCAGACAUACUUACUACAACUCCUGAGCCAAGCACCACCAUCCUGCCUUUUAUACUGACAUCUGUGCUACCAGAAUCCACCACAGCUGUGGAGCAUCAUCUGAAGACUUUCACAAUCAAUUUUACCAUCUCUAAUCUUCCAUAUUCAGAAGAUAUGAACUAUAGUUCAGCCAUGUUCAAUUCCACUGAGAGUAUUCUACAGCACUUGCUUAGACCCUUGUUCCAGAAUAUAUUCUUCAACUCAAGCUGCAGACUGACUUCCCUCAGACCUGAGAAGAAUCAAAAUUCCACUAGUGUAAAUGUCAUUUGCUCCUACCAACAUGAUUCUGCACAUCCUGGGAUGCACACACAGGAGAUGUAUUCAGAGCUGAGCCAUCUGACCCAUGGAGUCACUCAGCUGGGCAAUUAUACAUUGGACAAAGACAGUCUCUAUGUGAAUGGUUACAGUGGAACUGGUACAGAAGAAUCAACCACAAAUCCUGAAUUGGCCACUACCAUACUGCCUUCUCCAUCAAUAUCUGUGCAAACAGAAUCCACCACAGCUGUGGGGCAUCAUAUGAAGACUGUCACAGUGAGUUUCAUCAUUUCCAACCUUCCAUAUUCAGCAAGUAUGAACAAUGGCUCAGCUGUGUUCAAUUCCACUGAGACUCUCCUGAAGAACCUGUUGGAACCCUUGCUCCAUAACGUUUUUUUCAACUCAAGUUGCAGACUAGAUUCCCUCAGGCCUAAAAGAAAUGGAACAGCCACUGGUGUGGAUGCCAUCUGCACCUACCACCAUGACCCUUCACAUCCUGGGAUGGACAUUCAAGGACUGUACUCAGAGCUGAAAAAUCUGACCCAGGGAAUCACCCAGCUGGGCAACUAUUCACUGGACAAGGACAGUUUAUAUGUCAAUGGUUAUAAUAAACCUGCUCCAGAAGAACCUUUUACAACUCCUGAGCCAGCCACCACUACCCUACCUUCUUCAUCUACAUCUCUGCAGCCAGAACCUGCCACAGCUAUGGGGCACCAUCUGGAGAUCCUAACAAUCAACUUCACCAUAACCAAUCUUCCAUAUUCAUCAAAUAUGAGCAAUGGCUCAGCUGUGUUCAGCUCAACUGAGAGUGUCCUGCAGUACCUGCUUGGACACUUGUUCCAAAAUGAUUCCUUCAACUCAACCUGCAGUUUGGAUUCCCUCAGGCCUAAGAAGAAUGGAACAGCCACUGGUGUGGAUGCCAUCUGCACCUACCACCAUGACCCUUCACAUCCUGGGAUGGAUAUCCAAGGACUGUACUCAGAACUGAGAAAUCUAACCCAAGGAAUCACCCAGCUGGGCAACUAUUCACUGGACAAGAACAAUCUAUUUGUCAAUGGUUAUAAUGAACAUGGUGCAGAAGGACUUCCUGCAACUCCCGGGUCACCUACCACCAUCCUGGCUUCUCCGUCAAAAUCUGUGCAUCCAGAACCCACAACAGCCAUGGGGCAUUUGAAGACUUUCACACUCAAUUUCACUAUCUCCAACCUCCCAUACUCAGCAGGCAUGAGCUCAGCCAUGUUUAAUUCCACUGAGAAGAUCCUGCAGCACCUGCUUGAACCGUUGGUCCAGAAUGAAUCCCUCUAUUCAGAUUGCAGACUGGUUUCCCUCAGGCCUAAGAAGAAUGGAACAGCCACUGGUGUGAAUGCUAUCUGCUCCUACCACCAUAACCCAGCGUAUCCUGAGCUUGACACUCAGGAGCUAUAUACAAAGCUGAGUCAGCUAACCCAUGGCAUCACCCAGCUGGGUAGCUACAUGCUGGACCAGAAUAGUCUCUAUGUCAAUGGUUACACUCACCAGAUUACAAGAACUACCCCUAGUGGCUAUGUGCUUCAGAAUGUAACCAUAAAGGGCAAGUACCAGAUAAACUUUCGAAUCAUCAACUGGAACCUUAGCAACACAGAUCCAACAUCUUCAGAGUAUGUCACUCUAGAGAGGGACAUUGAAGAUAAGGUCACCACACUCUACACAGGCAGCCAGCUACAAGAAAUAUUCCAGUCUUGUCUGGUCACCAACUUGACGUCGGGCUCCGUGAUGGUCACUAUCAAGGCAUUGUUCUCCUCUUAUCUUGACCCCAACCUUGUGAAGCAAGUCUUUUUAAAUAAGACAUUGAAUGCCUCCUCCCACUGGCUGGGUGCCACCUACCAGCUGACAGAUCUGCAUGUGAUAGACAUGAAGCCACCCAUUCUUCUGCCAACAGAAGUCCCAACAAUCAGUUCCAGUUCUCAGCAUUUCAAUCUGAACUUCACCAUCACCAAUCUACCCUAUUCCCAAGACAUAGCCCAGCCAGGCACCAGUAAACACCAGCAAAACAAAAGAAGUAUUGAAUAUGCGCUCAACCAGCUUUUCAGAAACAGCAGCAUCAAGAGUUACUUUUCCGACUGUCAAGUUUUAGCCUUCAGGUCUGUCUCCAACAGCAACCACACAGGAGUUGAUUCCCUGUGUAACUUCUCACCAUUGGCUCGGCGAGUGGACCGAGUUGCUAUUUAUGAGGAAUUCCUUCGGAUGACACAAAAUGGCACCCAGUUGCUGAACUUCACCCUGGACAGGAAGAGUGUCCUUGUCGAUGGAUAUUCUUCAAACAGGGAGGAUGAUGUGAUAAAGAAUUCUGGUCUUCCCUUCUGGGCCAUCAUUCUCAUCUGCUUGGCGGUACUACUGGUACUCAUCACAUGCCUGAUGUGCUGUUUCCUGGUGACUGUGUGCAGAAGAAAAAAGGAGGGAGACUACCAGGUUCAACGUCACCGCCUAGGUUAUUACCUGCCUCACCUAGACCUGAGGAAGUUCCCAUGA